AUGACAACGCGUAAGUCGCAUUCGAAAUCGCGCAGAGGCUGCGCUCAAUGUAAGCAACGCCACGUGAAAUGUGACGAGGUGAGACCGAUAUGUGGCUAUUGUCAAAAGCGCGAGAUUCGAUGCAGCCUGCAAGAUCAAUUCUACGACGACCAGCCAAUUGAACUUUUACCCAGAGCUCAGGAGUUGUGUCUCAUCCAUUUCCACACCAUCCACACAGCCCCAACAAUAUGUCGCGGCCACGAUUUGCGCACUUGGCAAGUUAUCUUCCCGGAACAAGCUUUCGCCUGCGAUUUUCUGCUUCACGGUCUCAUGGCACUUACCUGUCUCCAUCAAGCAGCUCUCGAGGCCAAGUCAUCAGGAUAUGCACCAUGGCAAUGGCAGAAAUACGCUCUUGGCUACCAAACUCGAGCUCUAGAGACCUUUCGACCUGCCUUGACCAAGAUUACCUCAGACAACUGCCAUGCAGCAUUCGGCUUCUCGGUCUUGACCAAAUUGACUGCUUUGUCUCUACUCGGUAACACACUGCGCGACCCGUGCGAGAGUAUACUGGAGAUGCGAGAGUAUGUUCAUGGCAUCGGUCUUAUCUAUCGUCAGGCAGAAGAAGAACUCAAGUCUGGACCCUUUGGUGAGAUCUUUGCUGAUCUUCUUGGAGAAGAUCUCAGUGUUUUCUGGGCUACGAAGCAAGACGCAGAUGCAAUAUCGCUCAGUAUUCGAGCUCUCUAUGAACUCCUGGAUCCUGAGGAUGUCCUGCUAAGCGAAGCCUACAAGGACGCGACCCACAAGUUGAUGCUUGCCUGGCGUCGGUAUCAACGAUCGAACACUCCGGAUGGAAUUACAUCAUGGCCGGCGUUUGUCAACAAUGACUACAUCAAAGCUUUUCAAGCGAAAAAGCCAAUCGCAUUGCUGAUAUGUACAUACUACGGCGUAUUGUUGCAUCAAUUACGCAGCAAAUGGUGGCUGAGGGACGGUGGUCUGUGCUUGGUGAACUCGCUGGUGGCCGGGAUAUCGCAGACAUCUUCUGCCCUCUCUGUCCAGAUUGACGCUGUCAAGUUGCUAGUAGGUUUGUGA